GGUGUCAUCUAUGCACAGAGAGCAACCGAACCAGUCACAAGAGGGUGAUAAACGAACCAAAGACCCUUUAAACCUUCCACUGCGGACAAAUUCGUAGCCAAGCACACAAGUGAGGAUAAUGCUUCAUUUGACUAAUCAUGGAGACGGCCAGGGAAAAACACCGAGAAAAAUAUGAGUGGAGGAAAGAGGAGGAGCAUUCAGAAAUCCAGCAAGCAAGUUUAGCGCUUCCCUCAGGAAAGGAGGGAGAGCAACUUAUGAUUGAACAGCGACCAGCGAUGGUCGAGACAUGGACCUACAAAAAUAAAAACGCACUUAUGUAUGUCCCUGAGGGUACAGAACACUCAGUGAUUGAGCAAAUUGAAAAGAAGGCUAAGGGAACACAAGAGGUUAUACAUGAACAUACUAGGUUUAGUAGAAACCCAUUUCCUGACGCUAGUUGUAGUGGAAUGCUGGCUGGUGCGUCAGCAGCAAAGCUGGCUCAGCAGCAAGGCAAGAUUGGAGUUAAUGGGCAGGUGUUUGCACCAUCGGAGACUCCAAAAGUCAAUGGGUUUGAGUUUGUUGCCACACCCUCGCCUGCACCAGUCUCCUUUGCAGCCGCCCGAGGCCGGAGUCACUCAAAAACACUCCCAGCAAUGAUAGGGAGUAGCCAAGGUCAGGAUUUACCGGGGGAGGGGUUGCACAGGAAGUAAAUAUUUUGUGGAUGUGUCAAAUGUGUUCGGAGGGUGCAUGAUAUUUUUAUUUAUGCCCAAUAAAAAUUAUAUGCAACAUUUUUAUUCUUAUUUACAGCAAGCCACAAUAUAUAUUAUUUGAACUUUAUCCCUAUAAUGUAGCCCACCCCCUUCAUCUUCAAUAAGGGACACAUUAAAAGCAAAAUAGUUGAACA